GCCCCGGUGUGUCUCGCCGGUGUACUAUGACGGCCAAGGAGAGAGGCCGGCCCUGAGAUAAUUAAGGCCUGGUUUAAUAGCACCUGGCAACACGCACUGUCCCUACCUACCACAGACUAGCCUGUCACUCACUCGCUCCUCGCCAGUACGAUAUGAUUCUUCAGCCAGGCCGGACUUCAGUCGAACAACCGAUUUCGAUGAAACGCCGCAUCGGUAGGUCCUUGUGUCCGGCCGUAUCGAAACAAAGCCAGAAUCGACUCACAUGUGCAUGCGCAGGUAGAGCUGAAAUAAUUAGAUAAAAGAUUUAUAACCUCCAGAGGACAUACGUCGUUCUAGCCCGGAAGGCGAGAUACGGUGGGCGUAUCCCUCUGCGCGAGUCCUCCCAUGUGACCAAUCAGCGCGAAGCUUGCGUGGCUCCCGGCGGAGAAGCCCCGCCCACCUCACUUCGCCGGCCCAGUGCCUCCCUCGCUAUUACAAAUACUGAAUGAGAUGUGCCAAAGGGAACGCGGUUCUAUGCUAUCCUUUUACUCGCUGGAUAUUAUCUGAAAGCAGGACGCGCAGUGCGAAUCCUGCCGUAUCACGGUGGAGAUCUCUCUGCCCGCGGGCUAUCGCUCUAAAAACGAUUGCAAGAGGCAGCAAGGCAGAUCAGCUGGUGGCCGUGUGCAGGAGCCUCGGCGGGGACCUUGUCGGGAGCGGAAGGGGCCAGCGCCACCCAAGCUCGGGUCUCGCGCCGACACAAAGGCUGCAGCAUCAGGAGGCGGGCGGCGGCGUCGACGGAGGCACAGGAGGAUGCUGGACCGCCAGGAGGAGCGCCAGGGCCAGGAGGAGGUGGUCUGCGUCGGGUGUGGCGGCCGCAUCACGGAGCGCUGGUUCUCCAAGACUCAGGAGGGCGUGUGGCACAGUGCCUGCCUUCGGUGCUCGGAGUGCCAGCAGCCCCUCGAGGAGAAAUGCUUCGCUAAACACGGUCAUCUCUACUGCAGGGAGGACUACUUUAGGUGAGGAUCUUGGGCGUGGGGGGAG